GGCAUGUGCAGGCGCAGGAGAAAUCUUUGAAGGACCUAUUCAACAACACGUCGUGCGCGAAACCGCCAUUUAGGUGUCCACAUCCGCAAAUUGAAUUCUAUCUUUAUACCAGAGAUACGCAACACGAUCCAUUGCUCCUGGAUGUUCAAGACUUCAAUUCACUCCAGUACUCUCGGUUUAACAAAGCACAUCAAACAAAAAUAAUUAUCCAUGGUUUUGGCGGUGGAAGAAAUUUAGCACCUAGCACGGAUCUUCGAAAGGCUUACUUCACUCGGGGCGAGUACAAUAUAAUUAUCGUGGAUUACGGUUCGUUGGUACGAGAGCCAUGCCUUUCCCAAGUGAAGUGGGGACCAAACUUUUGUUCCCGAUGCAUAGCCCAGUUGGUCAAGUACCUUCGGGACCAUCCACGUGGUACCCAAGUGGAGAACAUGCACAUGCUCGGAUACAGUGUAGGUGCUCACAUAGCUGGUUUAGUGGCAAAUUAUUUGCCAAAUGACAAACUAGGGCGAAUCACUGGUCUGGAUCCUACAAUUUUCUUUUACAUGAAUGGAAACAGAUCGAUGGACCUAGACGUUACGGAUGCCCAUUUUGUCGACAUCAUUCACACGGGAGCGGGAAUCCUGGGCCAGUGGGGCCCAAAUGGUCACGCGGAUUUCUACGUCAACGGUGGGUCAAGUCAGCCCGGAUGCGCUACGACAUCUCUUCUUCAAACUCUCUCCUGCGAUCACACAAAAGUGACACCAUACUACAUCGAAUCGAUCACGACAAAAGUUGGAUUCUGGGCAGCGCCUUGCGCAAACCUCUUCUCCUACUUGAUAGGUUGGUGCACCCCUUCGGACGAAGAGUACGUUCUAAUGGGCGAAGACACGCCGCAUACAGCUCGAGGCAUCUUUUAUCUGUCAACAAACGCACACAAACCAUACGCCCGAGGACUACCCGGAAAAAACCGUCAACAGACCAGUCAGAAGCGAUCGUCCUACCGCCAGUAUUAAGUCUUCUUAAACAGAUCAUCAAUAUUAUUAUAGAAUAAUGAACCGUGUUCACCAUUUUAUUAGAUAGUCAUCGACAAUACAACUCGAUAUGUUUUCCUUUAUUGCGUUUUACUCUAAUAUCUAGUUUAUUUAAUAUAUUGUUAUGCCAAAAAUUGUAACUUCCCAUUAUCCUUCACCGGAUCCUGUCAGCAAUGCCGGACACUACAGCGUUGUAGUAUUUUGGCAACAAAAAUAUAUAUUUACCUUUUAGAAGGAAAUUAACGGGAUCUUAAUCUAUCCGGUUAACGGGAGCAAGGCAUGGAAAUCGCGAUAGUGGUUAGAAUUCGGUUUGAUCGGAGAUGAGGG